CCGACCUCAAUGCUUCAAAUCGAAAUCAACAAAACAAGCUGAAAGACAAAAGUACAGAACUGAUUUGUUUAAUUUUAUUGUUUUAUUACCUUACGUUUGGUGUACGAUAAAACACAUUAGUAAAUCUCUAUGAAAAUAAAAGUAAAUAAAUAAUACCACGUGUGUAACAAUGUCUUCCGACCCGCUAAAUAUUGCAAGACGCAAGCUCAACGAUGUGCUCGGUGAAAAAUCAACAAAAUAUUUCAAUCACAUGAAACAGUGGUUUCGUAUGAAGUUAACUAAAGAAGAAUUUGAUGCUGAAGCUCGUAAAUUGCUAUCUACGGAUCAAGUGCAUUAUCACAAUGAGUUUUUGCUGGCGUUAUUGAAUAAAGUCGAAGGAUUAGCUGAGGCUUCGAUUAGCAUUGCUCAAGAAAAAGCCAGUUCUCACAAUAGGAACAGUAGGAGGCACAAAAGAAGUUCCCGUACCUCGGAGAAGUCUAACUUCGAACCUGUGGACUUGCUGGAGUAUUUACCGCCGAACUCACCUCCAGGAGCAGGAAGUGAUGGCGUCAAAUAUGCUGCACAGGAAAUAUUUCUACCAGACCACGCACUUGUUGUUGGUCGUUUCAUGUUGGCUGCCUGGGAGACUGGACUUGAAGGGGCUGACGAUGAUGCAGCUGAUGUUAUAGUUGUAGCCGUGCAGCAUUUCCUCAAGAAUGUUAUUACCGCAGUAUUGUCACAGAGGAAGGGUUAUAAGAUGAGGAACAAACAUUUUAUGUAUGAUGUCGGUGGAGAUGUACCCAACAUGUGGUUGAGGAACUCUACCAAGUUAUAUGACCCUCAACGAGACGGUAGAGUCAGUGUUGACGAAGGAAUGACUGACUUACUAGGUCCCAGGUGUCCUCCAACUAUCGAUGAAAUGGAACACUCCGCUGCUUUUGAAAUCGCUUGCAGUGCAAACACGGAGCCUAAUGAUGACAAAUUGACCAUAGACGAGUUUUACAACACAUUGUUGGUACACAAAAAUGUCAUAUCUUGUCAUUCUGUUUAUGCUGUCAAUAUGGAAAGGAUAGCUUCUUUAUUAAACCAUCCUAGUAUAUAAGUUUAACAAUUAUUAUUAUAGAUAAUAUGAUAAUUAUAGUUUGAGUUUCAUUUAGUAAAUUGUUGUAGUGUUACAACAUUAAAUAUCUUUCAUAAAAUAUUUCAAAAUUAUUAUGGUUGGUAACAUUGAAAUAAUGUAAUUAACUGCCAUGUUGCUCUCGUGUCUGUAAGGGUAACCUCUGGAACUAAAGGUCCUUAGACUAAACCCCAGGUUAAAAUAUUACAAGUGCAAAAUUGUUAGUAUGUUUGGUUCUCUUCUUACUAAUACUAACGCUUGUCCUCUAGAGGAUAACAGACGUUACCAAAAUAUGCGAGUUCCAAUACUGAUAAGUUCACAAUUGUGAUACCCAAAAAUAUUUCGUCUAACC